AUGGAGUCAGGGUGCACCCGGGUCGGUUCGGUUGAAUCGGAUCGGGCCCGAAAUGGCGGGACUGGGCCUCCGAUGGGUGGUGAGGUCAAAAGCGAAGAGUCCCUUGAGGUGGAUCCUGGUGAUGGUUUGGUAUUGUGUCUUACACAGGCCUGUCUUGGAGAGGUUAAGGACAAAGGAAAUGAAAGCAUCUGCCUGUUUGUGAAAGUUGAUGAGCAGAAGCUAGUUCUUGGAACACUCUCUUAAGGGAAAUUCCCUCAGAUACCUUUUGAUCUGGUGUUUGAAAAGAAAUUUGAGUUAUCCCAGAGAAAUGGAAGUGUCUACUUCACUGGACAUAUAGUUUAUGCACUUGAAGAUAUCAUCACGGAUGAAUCUUCUGGAAAAUCUAAGUUACAAGUUGUACAAGCUGCAAAGCCUGAUGGUACUGCAACUAAACAGGUGAAGAUUGUGGAACCAAAUAAAACUGAAGAUACUAAUGAAGAUGUGGAUAAGGUUACAUCUUCGGAUGAGGAUUCAACUGAUGCUAUGGUGAUUCGUGAGGAGGAAACCAGUGAAGGUGAUGACAAAAGUGAAGAUGAGGACAGUAGCGAAGACGAGGAUCAAGAAACCCCAUCGAAGUUGAAGGCUGAAGCAAGCAAGAAGAGACUUGUUGAAGCUCCCAAGAAAACACAUGUUCCUGAUCAGAAGGCAAAAUUUAUUACUCCUGAGAAGACUGAUGGCAACAAAGCUGUUGGCCAUGCGGCAACUCCUCACCCUUCAAAGCAGGCUGGGACAAGAUAGACUCCGAAACCAGGUGGAGCAUUCCCUUGUAAGUCAUCUAGCAGGUCAUUGAGCUCGGAAACUGGCUUGCAGUCUUAUACAAAAGGCAAAAGACGGUGCUGGGAAAUGAAUGGGCACCAUAGUACUAUUUGGUGAGCAUGUUCCUUUCGGGAUGAAUUAGAAAGACCAAGUUAGGUUUAGUAAAAUGCGAAAGGAUGGAGUAGUUUAGUAAAAUCUUGUGAUCAACAUUGUUGGAGUUCAUUGAUAGUAACUUUGACAAAGUUCUGCUGCAACUAAUUCAGGAUUGA